CUGGCAAUAAUCACAGAAUUUAGUUCUUUGAAAUGUCCAUCUUCAAAAUGGUGGGUAGGCUAGGAAAGGGCUGUCCUUUCUCCUAACUGUCUCCUCCUCCUCUGGCUGGCGAAACUAGGAGAAAUUAUGUAAAUAGGAAAAGUUUUGGAAUUACAUAGAACAUGAGAAAUCACACGUGGUAUGUCCCAGCAAUAAGGUGGCAAAAUACCUGUGAUCUAGAACAUCCAUGGAAGAGAAGAGUCACCUACUCCUUGUGCUUUGCUCCACAGAGUCCUCUGAACUCCAGCCUACUAAGCCAGUGUCCUUCUUCAAGGGUUUGAAGUUGGUGAUGAAACAUGGACCCUACAUCAAGCUGAUUGCGGCUUUCCUGUUCACCUCCCUAGGUUUCAUGCUCUUGGAAGGCAACUUUGCCUUGUUCUGCACAUACACCCUUGGAUUCCGCAAUGAGUUCCAGAACAUUCUGCUCGCCAUCAUGCUCUCAGCCACAUUGACCAUCCCCUUCUGGCAGUGGUUUCUUACUCGAUUUGGGAAGAAAACUGCUGUUUACACUGGCAUCUCGUCUGCUACGCCUUUCCUCAUCUUGGUUGUGAUUUUGAAAAGUAACCUCAUUGUUACCUAUGUGGUGGCCAUUGCAGCUGGAAUGAGUGUGGCGGCUGCUUUCCUCUUGCCUUGGUCUAUGUUGCCAGAUGUUGUUGAUGACUUCAACCUCCAGCAUCCAGAUUCCAGAGGCCACGAAGCUAUUUUCUUCUCUUUCUAUGUCUUCUUCACCAAGUUUGCUUCUGGAGUGUCUCUGGGGAUCUCCACCCUCAGUUUAGACUUUGCAGGAUACAAAACUCGAGGCUGCUCCCAACCAGAGGAGGUGAACCUGACCUUGAAAAUGCUUGUGUCUGCUGCGCCAGUGGUAUUGAUCGUCUUUGGGCUGCUCCUUUUUAAGCUGUACCCCAUUGAUGAGGAUAGGCGGAGAAAAAACAAGAAAGCUCUGCAGGAUUUAAGAGAUGAAGAGAGCAACAGUAGCACAGAGUCAGAUUCUACAGAAUUAGCCAGCAUUGUGUGACCCCAUCUUGUCUUGGUUUAUCCCCGGGAUCCUGAGAAGAUGGGACCGCCAUGACAUCUACUGUGAAGGAGGGACGCUGAUUUACUCCCAUGGGGGAGUACCUGUGAAGCCUUAAAGACUGCCCUGGAAAUCAAACAUUGGUCGACAUUGAGCCUGAAGUGGGAUCCGUGGAUCACUAGCUGUCAAACAUACUUGACCAUUUGGGCACUCUAAGAAGAUACCUCUAGUGAGAAUAAGCAUCAUCUCAGUGUGUCUUUUGCCAGAAUCAGUUCACAAAAUUCUCUUGAAUUAUGAUAUACUUUAGACAGAUGUAAUUUAUCACUAAUCUACCCAUUGAAUUGGUGCAAAUCUCUAAAGUACUGUUAAAUGUAUUUUGGUAUGUUUUUGUACUCAAUAUUGCAUUAUAUAUUAUAUUAUCAUGGACCCAGGUGGUGCUUUCUUGGUGUAUAUUACACCGGUGGGUUUGACCUUGCCAAAACAUGACUGUGUAUUGUUUUUUCCUGUAAAUAAGAUGCAACUAAAGAAGAACCAUCCUGUGGUGUCCUUGUUUAUAUAUAAAUAUAUAUUUGUAUAUAUCAAGAACCUAAUUAAAAUAACUUAAUGUUGUAUAUAUAAAGAUGUCAUGUUUUCCUAUUUGUAUAUGUGUGUACAGAAAGAAAACUGUGGAUCUGUUAAUAAUUUGCAUUAAAAUUGAAAAA